GUGGGUGCCAUGGCAACGGAGUGUGCCCGCGACCUGGCUUCCGGAAGCAGAAGAGCUACAGCUUGGAAGCGACCCCGGUCAAAGGAUGCUGAGUCCGGAGCGUCUAGCCCUCCCGGACUACGAGUAUCUGGCUCAGAGACAUGUCCUCACAUACAUGGAGGAUGCAGUGUGUCAGCUACUAGAGAACAAGGAAGAUAUUAGCCAAUAUGGCAUUGCCAGAUUCUUCACUGAAUAUUUUAACAGCGUAUGUCAGGGAACUCAUAUUCUCUUCCGGGAAUUCAGCUUCAUCCAAGCCACCCCUCACAAUAGGGCAUCAUUCUUACGAGCCUUCUGGAGAUGCUUCCGAACUGUGGGCAAAAAUGGUGAUUUGCUGACCAUGAAAGAAUAUCACUGUUUGCUGCAGCUACUGUGCCCGGAUUUCCCACUGGAGCUGACGCAGAAAGCAGCCAGGAUUGUGCUCAUGGACGACGCCAUGGACUGCUUGAUGUCUUUUUCAGAUUUCCUUUUUGCUUUCCAGAUCCAGUUUUACUACUCAGAAUUCCUGGAGAGUGUGGCCGCCAUCUAUCAGGACCUGCUGUCAGGCAAAAACCCCAAUACGGUGAUUGUGCCAACGUCAUCCAGUGGGCAACACCGCCAGCGGCCAGCCUUGGGUGAGGCUAGCACGCUGGAGGGGGUGGAGGCGUCGCUGUUCUACCAGUGCCUGGAGAACUUGUGUGACCGUCACAAGUACAGCUGCCCACCUCCAGCACUCGUCAAAGAGGUCCUCAGCAACGUUCAGAGACUCACCUUCUAUGGAUUCCUUGUGGCUCUCUCAAAGCAUCACGGAAUCAACCAAGCCCUAGGAGCUUUGCCUGACAAAGGGGAUCUGAUGCACGACCCAGCCAUGGAUGAGGAGCUGGAACGACUGCUGGCCCAGGUCCCGAGCCUGGUGAAUACGGUCACGGCCACGCCAGAGGCCAGCUGCCUGCCUUCCAGGAUCCCUCCCCGGGUUGGCUCCCCCUGGAGACCCCUCCAUUACGCCCGCAAAGUGGAUGCAGAGAGCGAUGGUUCCACUGAAGAGACAGAUGAGUCCGAGACUUGAGGAGUCUGAAGGAUCCCACCUACAUCACCCAGUUCCCUGACCCCACCAGGCCCUUGGGACUCCCACCCAACCUCAUCUACUGCGCCUUGCCAUGCUGCCCUCUGCUGGUGAAAAGACCGAAUAACAGCCCCAACCCAAAGACCUGCCAAAGAGGUUCGGAUCAGCCAGCAGCGUCCCUAGAAAGUUAACAGCCUGCUCUCCCUGGCCCUGUCCGUCUCUGCGCAUUAGUCAGGCUCCACACUGACAGCAGAAGCCUUGCUGAGGGUACUGGGAAGGUGACUGUGGCUAUAGCCUUUUGCUGACAGCCCCCGCCCAAGGUUCAUCUCCACAGCAACUCCAAGGAGGGCAACACCGUGAAUAGCCAUGCAGGGCCUUGCACGGUCAAGGGCGACACCUGUGAUCCAGGUACUGGGACCACAUAACCAUGGUGGCUGCCUGCUGGAGGAGUAGCCACUGGCCAUAAGAUGGAGAUGGGUGGGGAAAAUGACAAAUCCACUUUCACAAACUGCUUCAAGUCUCCUGUGUCUUAUAGUCAAACAUGUGCAAUGAAUAAAGUCCCUGUGUCUGGUAAGCGGUGAGUCUAAAGCCACUAGAAUGGAGAGGGGGCGAGUUUGGGUUUUGGGUCUCAGUUUUCCUGGCAGAAUUGGGAGGUGGGGGCCAGAGGAGCACUCAGCCUGGAGACCAGCCUCAGAUGAGGGGUUUGCCUCCUGCACAUGACAGCAGCCUUUCAAAGUAAACGUGUGCACAGCUGGAAUGGACCUUCAGGAACAAGCUCAGAGCGUUCAAGGCCAGGCUCCCAUAACUUUAAAGACCCUGGCCAACGGGCAAGCUCUGCAAAGCCGCCUAGCCAGUAUCAUUAAACACUGGCCAAGUACCUGCUCAGGGCAGGGCUAGUGGGGCUGCAGCUGUACGUGAGAGACCUGUGAAGCCCCCAGCAGACUGGAGAAACGUGAUGGGGUUCUUCAGCUUCCUUGAAUUGAGCAGGGAUCCUCCAGAAGUAAAACCUACUCGGACCCAAGCAGGGCAUGCUGCUUCUCUGAAGCAGUGGACUGUGCCACCAACUCUGGGCACAUGCUUUCCUGGGUUCAUCUCUGCCCAGACCAAGUCCCCUGGAGAAUUACCAAUGAUUUCAAAUAUCCUGUGGAUGCCAGGCCUGAGAGUUCCGAUGCUACUGAAGCUCCAGGUCCACAAGCAUCUCCAGCCUCCAGCGGGUUGAGCAGCUGGGAAAUGUCACUAUGCAUCGGAAUCACCUGGGAAGCUGGCUUUCUCGCAGAUUACCAAGCACCAGCCUGGUGUGGGGCACAGAGACCUGGCUAUGAACACCCCAGACCCACACUUCAGAAAUCUCUUGGUGCCCCAUGGCUCCCCCUCCCAUGCCUCCUAAUCAUUCACCCCUGUAAGGGGGCACAGAAAUGUCCCAGAGCCCCUACAGGGGAAAGAGAAAGCCACGCCAGGGGUUUAUACACAAUCCUCUCUUCCUGGCUAUAAAAAGGUUCCAAAGUCUAAAAUUUAAUUAUUUUGAAAAUCCACCAAGAGUCACACCCCAGUCAAGCCUGCUGGGGGGAUGAGGUGCAGGGCUGCUGUGGUUGCGGCCUGCCUGCAGCCACACAGCUCAGUGGAUGAAUUCAAGGGCCAACUAAUACCAGCUCUUUCCUCCGCG